AUGGAUAAAGGAUCUCCCGACUGUCCAUAUCCAGGAUGCUUUUUUUGUGUCAUGAAGGAAGGAAAUCCAAGUAAGCGCAGAGCAAGUAUAUUGAAAUUCUUCAGAGAACUUCCUUCUCAGGAUGAUGAUGGCCAGGUUCUUCCAAUCAGUGGACUUUGGAACACUGCUAUGGCACAUCCAAAUGACCCUGAGUUCAUUGAAUUGGGAAUAUUUGAAUGCAUGGCUGCUCUUAUAUGGAAGGGCUUAAAGAACCGCCGCUGGCUUUCUCAUGACCAAAAUAUAUACAUUCCUUACUAUGCAGCUCAUAUUAUUGGAUCCUACACUAUGAACAUGGAAGAGUUUGCAGAAAGUGCUGUCCAUGCUGGUGUAAUUGCUCCCUUGGUUGAGCUUUUGAGGGGGAGGUUGACAUGGGUUGAACAAAGAGUGGCAGUUCGAGCAUUAGGACACUUGGCCACAUACACCAAAACUUUUCCUGCCGUGGCAAAUCAUGGUGAAAUUCUGGAACUCUCCAUCCAACUAGCAAUGAGUUCACUAGAAAUAGUUUACUCACAUUUUUACCAAUAUGUUGAUAGAAGACUCAGUUACCACUGUGACUUGCUUACCCGUGGCAUGGGUGGUGUUGAAAUGGAGUCUAGGAAAGCAGAAGAAUGGGCUAGUCAAUUACAGUGCUGGUCACUUCAACUCAUUAAUUGCUUUGCGUUCAAGCCCGAAUUUCUUCCUACGAUAUGCAAGCCUGAAUUCUUGGUAAAACUGCCAGGCAUGUGGGGUGGACUUGUUAAUGAAAACUCGCCUGCUGGUAUUGGUUUAUUGAGAACAAUUUGUCAUCAUAAGCUUGGUAGGGUGCCUGUUGCCAGCUGUCCUGGUAUUAUUGAGGCUUUGUGUAAUAUAGCUAGGUCAUCAGAUGAUUGGCAGUAUAUGGCUAUAGACUGUCUUCUUUGGUUGAUCCAAGAUCCAAGUACGUGCCAUAAGGUCAUUGAUAAGGCAGUACCUGCACUUGUAGACCUCGCAGAGAUUACAAAUCUUGGGGAUCACAAAAAGCUUGGGGACUCCAUUGUUAAUGUUCUUCAGGAGUGCCUACAAUCACAAGGGACAGGGCGUAACACUAUCAAUAACCGUGCAAAGGAACUGAUUGAGGAAGUAUUGAAUUCCAAACAAAGAUUGAAAUGGGAAAAGAACAUGCCCAAAGAGGAUCUCCAUAUUAAGCAGGCAGCUGCGCUAGUGGUCAAGCUUGAAGGAAAUUCCCUAUUCUCAUCAGGAAACAUAGCUGGAGCUGCUUCAAAAUACUCAGAAGCUUUGUCAUUGUGUCCAAUAAGAUCCAAAAAAGAGAGAGUCGUUCUGCACAGUAAUCGAGCUCAGUGUCAUCUUCUGUUACAACAGCCAUUGGCAGCAAUAAGCGAUGCUACACAUGCACUGUGUCUUCACAACCCUCUUAAUCGUCAUGCCAAAAGCCUCUGGAGAAGAGCUCAGGCUUAUGACAUGCUCGGCUUAGCUAAAGAGAGCUUGCUAGAUGCCAUUCUGUUCAUUAAUGAAUGCUCUCAGUCAAAUGAUCCUGACCUCUCUUUGAGGCAAAACAGAGUUCCUGACUAUGCUGAACGACUAGUCAAAAAGCAGAUGCGUGCAGCCUGGUUAUUUAGAGAGGCAGCCUUAAAACAUGGGGGUGUCCACGGUGAUGGUGAUGCUCGUGACAUCUAUGGGCAGGAAAGUGAUGGUUCAGAAUGGGAAACAGCAAGUGAAAGUGACAUAGGAAAUGAUGGGAGGGCUGAAAUGGAUGACGACGAUGACGAUAGUGAAUGGAAGAAUGAAGAUGAGAGGAAAGAUAAAUAUGAUAAAGCAACAUUAAAAGGUAUAAAGCACGGGUACAAUGUGCAUCUUGCGGAAGAUGAAUCUUGA